GGGGUGCAAACUUGAUGGCAACACAGAAGAAAUCGUCACUUUCGAGUUGUCGAGGCAAGGAUUUAAGCAAGAUGACGGAUUUGAGCAAGUUGUAUAAAAAGGUCGAACGGAUAAGUAAACGAAUUUUCCACAGUGAGAAGCCUCAAUCGACCUUUGUUCCUUCUGCUCAACAGACCAAUUCUGCUCAAAGUACUAGUUCAAGUAGUACUACCGAUCCACAAAUGCCUCAUCAACCAGUGCUUCUGAAUCCUCCGUAUCCUCCGGUUCAUCCUGGAUUUGGAACCGGGUUUCCACAGUUCUCAUAUCCACAACAUCAGCAGCAAAUACCAAAUCCACCAUAUGGUUGGGCUCUAAAUGCAGCAGCUCUACCUCCGUAUCCAUCAUCUACUGCCUCAUCAUCUUCAGCUUCACAAACUCCAUCAUUUGCUCCUCUAAGCCUUGAUACUGGAUCUGGAAAUGAGACGGCUGGUAGUGGAUUCGAUCAUUUAGCCGUUCAUCACGAUGAUAAUCACGAUGAAAGAGACUAUUUGAUACCAGAUCAACAUGAAAUUAUUGAGCUCCGGAAAGCUCAAUCGGCUAAACUGGAGCAAGGAAAACAACGGGUAAUCAACGAGGUGACAUCACUAAAUCUAAUCACAAAUGACGUCACUGAGCUCAAAAAAUGGUUUGAUGCAAAAUAUCCACAUACACUGGUUAACGAUGCCGCGACGAAUGAAGAAGAAUUGGAGAGAACUGUUCGAAAAUUGGAAGAAAAAUUAAAAAGGUUGAGAGCAAAAAGUGCAAAAGGAGUUCCACCUCCAAGACCGCCACCACCUCGUUCAAUCAGUCAGGAGAACAGUACGGGUCCAUGGAUUUGUGAUCGUUGUUCCAGAGAGAAUAACUCCAAUUCGUAUCGCUGUCAUCAUUGUCAGCUCCCCAGUCGUCGAUUUGAUCCAUCGGAAAUUGAUUUUUGUGGUUGUGAGUAUUGUUCCACAGCUAAUUCCACUGCCUAAACAGCUUCGAUAUUGAUCGAACAGUCAUUUUGCUUCGGAAAUUCGGAUUUUUUCGCUCUAAAAUGACAGGAAAAGUCUAACAAUUACAAUUAUAACUGUUUUAAAAAAAUCCAAAAAUUUUUUGGAAAAAUUGAAAAAAAAUCAUAAUAAAUUUAGGAAAAUUCUAUAAAUUUUUUACCGUUAUAUUCUGUGUCUUCAGACUAUAUUCUGUCAAAUUUUACAAAAAAACCCAUUAUUCCGCCUGUAACCUUAAAAAAAUGCAAAGGUCAAUAUCGAAUCAUGUUCUAAUGUAAUAAUAGUUUUUAACCGAAGGUUGUGUUUUUAUUGUAUAUAUAUUUUUUCUUGAUUUUUCUUGAUUUUGUGUUCAAACUUUUCUUAUUUUUCAAUGAAAUCCUCGAUUUUUG